CACGAGCUCCUCAUCAUCAUCAUCUCCGCAGGAAACAAGUUCUUCCUCUUCUUCUUCAUCUCGCAGUGCCGCGAUGCAGCAGCAGCAGCAGACAACGCCGCCUCAGAAGGUAGUUUCUCCUGCUCCCGCCACUGGUGCUGGCAUAAAUCUGGUUGAUGAUGUGGAUAAAAAUGGAAACCCGAUAAACGGCAGUACAACAAUUAUCGCCCCACUCCCCCGGUCGGAAACCGAAUUGCUCAGCAAUCUGCAGAACAAGAAAAAGCCGGGAUGCUACGACAACCACGACCGGUGCGCGUUGUACCCGCUGAAAAAAGACCUAAAGGAAAAGGAGUUCGAAGUGGUGCACGAAAAAGUCUGGAAGAAGUUCGCGGAACUUUACGACUUCGACUACUGCAUUCGCCGACGGGCGAUACCCAGCACCAGUCACGACCAAAAUGUGCACGUGUUACUGCAAGAGAACCAGGUGGUGUUGAGGACAGAGGAUGUGUCCUCCGUUGCGAAGAGUGAAAAAGAAGAAGCUGCAGCUGAUGCUAAGAAGGCGGAAGAAGUUCAAAAGCCGACUGCGUCUGCGAUGGACGGUUUAGUUACAGGACCGAAUCAUGCGGACGAAACUACGGCAACGGCAGUAAUGCCGCAGCCGAACUUCGGAAUGCCGCCGCCAGCACAUGGGAUGUUGAACUACGGCCAGGCUGCGGUGUCGCAGUCCCUAUUCGGUAACGAUCCGCCGCCGCCGAUCGUGCAUAAUUCAUCUCCGAGGGGAACAAUCGGGAUGACCAACCGGUUUGCGUCUGGAACAGUAACCAAGAAUAACCCCAAUCACCCGGAGCUGGAGCUGCACGGGUACAGUCUGCCGGUGUACCAUGUUAAAUUCAACAAGAACGAAACCCGGGAGGAUAACUGGAAGCCGCAGUCCAACAUCCCCGACUUUUUCUACCUGGAAUCCCGGCUCGCGUCCGCGGAGGCGGUCAAACGACGGCUGGGCAAAAUCAUCGGCGUGGAAGUUGUGGACGAAACAGGGGAGGUGGGGGUUGAGGAACAGAUAACUAGUACCCUCGCUGCAACACCGUCGAACGAAAAUUCUUCUGUCAAGAUGGAAGUAGAUGAAGAACUAGACAACAAAGUGAACAACGACCACGGUAACAACAAGCAACCGCUUCCGACAGUCAGUGAGGGCAUCGAGCCAGCAGCAGAACCGAGUCUGCAACUCCCGGUGCAGUUAUCAUCGACUUCUGCGGACGAUAAUAGUACCGGUGCGCAGAUGAACAAUCCACCGGAACUGCCGAUCGUGAGUGCAGCUGUUGCGACCAGCACGGAGCUACAGGGCGGUGGUCAUCUCGCUGUGGUUGCAGCAGGAGCUGCUCCGGCGGGAGGUACUUCUUGUGCUAGCGCUGUUGACCUGCAAGGAGAAGGACACGACGCUCAGAUAGGCGGAGUAGAGCAGUCCACCUCUGCAGUAGAAACGACCUCGUCGCAACAAAUCAAUGUGAACAUGCUCCAAACCCCAUCCCCCAUGGUGGGUCCCCAGAUGCUCCCAAGACGCCCAGACGACACCGAGUCGGAGCCUCAAUCUUCAUGCUCCGCUUUGCUCCAGCCGCUGGAAGAGGAACAACAGCAGGAGGGAGUAGUAAAACCUGACUCUGCUGCUGCUGGUGCUGCACCUCCGAGUGGUCCUCCUGCGCUGAAAAUCACGCUGUUACCCGCAAACCACGGCGGAUGCGUUGACAGUUUGAACGAGAUGGAGAUGGCACCACCUGCAGCAGGAGUUGUUGUGCCAGCACAAGAUUGUAGUUAUGGCCAAGAGCUACGCGAGGACCAAAAGCAGCAGGGAUCUGCGUCUAUCUCAGCAGGUCCUGCUGCUCGUCCCGCUACAUCAGACGCAACGAAUACAACGCAAGCAGGAGCCACUUCUGGUGCAGGAUUGGGAACAAGAACGGCCUCACCUUUUGAUCAACAAAAUCUGUUGCGCAAGCGGCAGCUAAAGUUGAUCGACUACUUUUCGAAAAACAAAACGAAGGAUUGCCUGACGAAGCCGGACAAAAUGAACAACAACUCGGUUGUACAGAACAAUCAGGUAGGGGACGCCAACAAAAACAACUCGAAAGAACAAUCAACAAAGAAUUUCGGGUGGCACAAAUCGCUGCAGCAACUGACCAUUUACGACAACAAUCCGGUACUUGUGGAGGAGGCGGACGAGGCCGGGGAGUUUCCGCCGGCGGCAGACAGCUCACAGCAGAUGAACGCGGGACAAAGCUUUUUCAACGGCAUGAAUGCUGCGUCGAGUUCUUGCUCGAACAAUACAAAUACUUACAACACUUCUGGUUCUAUGGGCUUCGGAAUCAACAACAACAACACUUCGUCUUCUAGCAGCUCUACCUACGGGGGUUUCCACAACUGGAACAAUACUACAACUGGCAACAACAAUUCCAGUUUUUGGAACGCCCAGCGAGAAGACCAAGCGACCCAGGGAGAAAAAAAACCGGGGCAGCCGGUCGGCGCCGUGGGGCUGGCAAAUUUGGGGAACACGUGCUACAUGAAUUCCUCCCUGCAGUGCCUCGCCGCGCUGCCGCUGCUGCGGGACUACUUUGUGCAGGGGCUGUUCAAAAACCAACUGAACGAAACCGCGUGGAAGAGCGAGGGCAAGACCGCGACCUGCUUCGCAGGCUUGUUGCAACUAAUGAACCAAGCGGAGAAUGUCAAGGUACUUCCUUUUAAGGACAAUCGCUUUGCUUUAACUUUCGAAUUCGAAGCUUUGUGAUGCUAUACAAGAACUGCAACUUGUUAGUUAUAUGUGCAAAUAAAAAAAAAAAACAGGUCGCCCCCAAGGGUUUCAAAGCGGAAGUCGGACGAGUGAACGACCAGUUCUGCGGUUAUGGUAGUGUCAGAAUUGAAAUCGUCAAAGUUGAAAUAAUUUGCGAUGCAUAAAACGGAUGCCAGUUGGAGCCCAGUUUCUAUUUGGCGCAUGACAGAUUUGGGUCGAACCGAAAUCCAGUCUGUAAUGCUGUUUGGGUAAGAGAGACGCCUUUUGUCAUGCUGCUUUAGCAGCUCUAUGUCUACCCCUCAACAGGCUUGCUAUCUGCUUCAACUUUGACGAUUUCAAUCCUGACGCUUCCAUAGCGGUUUCGGCCAGCACGACGCCAUGGAGUUCCUCGAGGCGAUUGUGGACAGCUUGAAGGAGGACACGUCCACCGUGCGAGGCAAGAAACCCUAUGCCGAGUUCCCCGACGACGACGUCCGGCCGGAGCAGGAAAUUUUGGACGCGACCUUAGACAUCAACCGCCGGAGGUGUAACAGCUUCCUCGACGAGAUGCUGUUCGGGGUGGAGCGGUCCAAAGUGCGGUGCCCGAAGUGCGACAAGGUGUCCGUGACGUUUUCCAACGUGUUGGCGACGAGUUUGCAGAUGGUGGCGCGGGACAAAACGUCUUUCGUCACUUUCACAGUGAAUGUUGUAAGGCGGAAGGUGGAAAGUAGUAGCUCUAGUAGUUGCACAACUGGCGGAGGAUCUACUUCCUCGAGCUCCCGGGGAAAAAGUGUAAGAAAUAACGGAGCACCGCAAGAAGAUGACGGCCUUGAGGACUUCCCGGACCUUCCACUCGAUUCGGGUGACAUUGGUGUCUCCUCUUCAGCAGGAGGACAACAUCCUCCACUGGACGACCAUUGGGAGCUGGUCGCGCCCACCAGCGAGCCGUUCCCCGCGAUGCGAGAUCCGAAUGACCUGUUCGACCCAAUGCCCCCACUGCUCCCCGAAGACCAGUUGUUUCAACAACAACAGCAAGAACCGAGUCCCUACACGGCUUUGCCCCCGCCGGGUGGCUAUAGCUGCAAUGACUUGUGGGCAUCCCCGGAGCCCCUGCCGGACCUAAUCCCUUUGGAAAAUAGUACGUCGAACCAUGACGCGAAUAUUAACACAGCUGGUGUUCCUUCUUGUCCUUCAUCAUCCCAACCCCCGGUCGCGCCAAUAUCCCCCAACCUGCUCCAAAUUACCGUUGACAUCGAGAAGCAGGGCUCCGUUGCGGACCUGGUCAAGAAAAUCAAGGAAACCCACCCAAACAUCGCGGAGCAUUGGUCCUUGGAGAAAAAUUUACUGGUGGUCGAGGUGGACAACGGCAGGCCGAAAAAGUACUACGAGCCCCGGGAUUGCGUGGACAGCAUCGGCAGCACGGAUGUCCUGUACAUCUACGAAGUCUUGGACAAAACCCAUUUUUCCGAAGACGUGUUGCACAGCCCGGUGCUACUCGGCGGGAGUAGUCCGCUGACCCCACCAAAACAGCAGGAAAUGGGAAUAUUAAACAGUGCCGGAACUACUACAAAUGGUGGUAGCUCGUCAGCAGCUGCUGGCGGAGCGGCGGAACAACCGGCAGCAGGAGAACAAGCGUCGGCCAUCGGCCCGCAGCUCCCCCCCGGUGGUGGACAACUAGUACAACCAGCAGCACCAGCCGGGCCCCCGGUAGUCGUGAAGACACUGCGCGCAGAAAUGGCCAAAUGGAGCGACUUUGACAGUGAUGAGGACGACGACGACGCUGCUAAGAAACAAGCAGCCAGUAAAGAAUCUGGAAAAAUGACAGCAUCAAGUAGUCCCACCUCCGACAACGUGGAGAUGCCAGAUCAGAAUUCUACUGCUUUAUCGAUGAACCAAAUUCCUCAAAUAAAUCCUGCCCAAGAAGACGUGAAAAUGAAAACCGACUCUCCGAACGACAAAGAACAAUUUUAUCUCGGACCUUCCACGUUCGUGGAACAAGAACCGGCAUCUUCAAGGGUGCAAAACGGCAUCGUACUCAUCCUGGAGAACCAAACCAAAAUCCCACCGUUGAUUUUUUCCGCGCCCGCAGAUAUCACCUGCGGGGACUUUUUCCAAUUGGCCAGGCAAAAAGCGACCGAACACUUCAUGCAACAGAACGAAACGGGGACGGGAGGUGUCGGGUUUUCCACAUCUUCGUCUUCCUCAUCUCGUUCUACUAGCACAUCCUCACAACUUCCCGCCAACUUUCAGCUUCCCCCCUUCAAACUGUUCAAAGCGACGUCGGCUGCGAAGCCGUCCAGGAUCGGAAGUUUUUUGGCGCGGAACUUCCAACGUCAAAACGACGGGAGCAAGGAAAUUUUCGAGUUUAGAGAGGAUAAUGGCAAGAUCAACGAUCAGCGCGUUUUUGCGGAAACGGAGAAUCCAGGUAGGAAAGAUGGUUGAGGGGCUCUGGCUGUUUCAUUACAUUUUUUUAGUUGAAGCAGCAGCGCUGCUGCUACAGGCACAGCCGCGGACAACGGGAGAUUGAUUCGUUCGGUUGCAUGAUUUGAAAGCGCGUGGUCGGCACAGACUUUAAUUAUUCCAGCGAGGAUAACAUUAAAAAGUGAAUCACUUCCAGUGCAACUACAUCUUGAUUGUCUCAAGAACUACAUCCAACGUAUUAUCAGGUAAAAAGUACAUGCGUGUCGAGAUCGCUGAGUUUUUCUGGAACAAGCUUGGACAACUGCCCUCCCCCCGGCAGAUCAGUUCGGAAAAGAAGCGCAAACUCGACGGGAACCUGCGGCUCCACCAACUCCUCGACCUCUACACCGAGGAAGAGCAACUGGGCGAAGACGACUUCUGGCGCUGCCCGCGCUGCGACGAGCGGGUGGCGGGGUACAAGAAACUGGAUUUUUACCGCCUGCCGCCGGUCUUCGUCGUGCACUUGAAGCGCUUUCAGUUUAACAGGUAACUAUAACUAAGGAGCUUUUUGCUUCUCCUUCAAGAUGGUGGACGUGUAGCAGCUAGACUCUUAAUAUGAGUAAGUACUUACUUGCUUUAAGCUUUCCAUGUUGAGUUUCGUAUGACAGGAGCCGAAAUUCCCGCACCACAAAUGAUAUCACUCAGAUGGUGCCGGGAGCGCAUCGACACACCGGUAGACUACCCGGCCCGGAUGGAUUUAAACGACCUUGUGAUCGACAGUGAGAGCAGUGUCGACUACACGUACGAGCUUACGGGUGUUGUGAAACACAUCGGCGUCGCGGACGGGGGUCACUACGUGGCUUUCGCGAAACACAGCGACAAGUGGUUUGAAUUCAACGACUCCUGGGUGACCGAGCACUCGGAGGAGCAAGUUUUGAACCAAAACACCGGGGCCUACGUUUUAUUCUACCAGCGGAAGAGCAUUUUGGAAGACUACCGAGAGCAAGAAAAAAUGCACCAGAAAAUGCUGAAUUUUAAACUUGCCGCUGAAGUAGAGAAAAACAACAGCAGUACAACGCCAAAAGUUGAUGUUCUCGCAGGAGGUGUAGUUACGACGAGUCCGUCAGAAAAGGAAAAUAGAAACGCAACUCCGCAAGCGGCUGGCGAUGGCGGAAGCAGUGGAGCAGUAAUCGACAAAAUGAAUCCCCCAGGAGAGCAGGCCCUCGGUCGUUGUAACAGCAGCGGGCUGACCCAGAUUUUAGCGAGCACCAGGAUCAGCGAAGGGGGAAACGAAGACGCAGAGGAGGCUGGCGGUGGGCAAGAAAUAAAAGCUUCUACAACAACUGGGCCUGGUCCGCUGCGUGGUUUAUCCCCGCCGAUGAAAGUCCCGCCGUUGACGUUAAACGGAGUUGUAGACCGCCAGCAACCGGAAAAUAAGAAUUCUUCUACCCCACAAACUGUAGACAUUAACGCAGCCAACACCUCUAGUUGUAGUACCGCCUCCCCCACCCAGGCUUUAGCUGCGAUGCCCCCGAUCUUCCAGCAGCUCCUCGCGAACGUGGUGAAACGGUCGGCGGAGAACAAUAGUACAACAUGUGGCGACGCUACUUCCGGCGCAAACACGACAACGACGAAAGAAGACGGGUCUGACGCCGAGGGCGUUUCCACGACCGGGUCGUGUCGCAGUCAACAGGAGCAGCCAGGAGCCGGAGCUGCCGGGGGGAGCGGAACUAAUGGUGCUACAUCCUCCUCGUCCAGCGCCUCUUCUUCGUGUAGCGCAGCGGCCUAGCCGGUACAGGUGGCGUUGAAGAUGAUGGUUCUGUGGACGAAAUGUAUGUGCUGAAGAUUUUUUUCAAUGUACUGCUAAUUUUUAUGUACAACAAAAUUGAUGAGAGAAAUUAUCGGUAGAGUUGGUAUGUACUACAAACUCAAGUACUUCAACAAGAACUGCGUGUUUAGCAGCUGCAGUGUGUACAUCAACAACGAUCAUGGCAGUCGUCUUUUUGCCACUGAGACGCGAGUAUUCAACCAGUAUUUGUGGUCUCAGCCAGUAUAUUAUACGUGUAUAAUAGGCGGGACACAAAAAAUCGGGACAGAAGCAAGAAAAAUAUCAAGCCGGUGCAUGAUAUGUUUUUGUAUUUGUCCCAGUUGCAGUCGUCCCGCUUCAUUAUUACGACACAAAUGCCUAUAAAUGCCUGUGCAUGUUGCUGCAGCGCUGCCGGUAUGGUCAAUGUGAUUCUUCUUCUAUGUUGCGCAUAGUUUGAUGCACAUGCACUUGCAAAAAGUAGAGAACUACUUGCGCUUCUUAUGUAGAUUUCGAUUUCCUUGUAUCAAGGCAAAAAUAUCUUGUAAUUAGUGCUAGUAAAAACCUGUCAUAGGCUCCAAGAUACUUCUCUUAAUCAAUCAGAAACAAAGCGACACUUCACGUUCACAACUUGCGAUAUCAUUAAAAUUGAAACGACAUCCAGCUUCGGCUGAGCGAUCCAUGAUAGUACUAUAGCUACGCAGCUCACUUGCGACCAAAACAUUUUGCUCAAAUUACGAAUUACCUUUGCGCUCGGUUUCGGAACCCGAAACAAGGACCAAUCGCAUGUCAUUCUUGUCAUAGAAAACUCCGACAUGAGAGGAAGCUUUCAAUUUGAAGGUGCAGCACAAUAGAAUCGGCUUUCCUGUCAGCGCUCGCGGGUGUCGUCGCAGCAGCAU